UCGACCGGCCGCGCCUGGGGCUUCCGCUGUCGCGUUGGCCGAGGCGGGGCGGGGCCGGCGCGUGCGCAGAGGCUGCGGGGCCGCGGGGCGGGGGGCGCUGACGGGACCCCGCCGCCGCCGCCAUGACCAACGUGUACUCGCUGGACGGGCUGCUGGUCUUCGGGCUGCUCUUGGUGUGCACCUGCGCCUACCUGCGCAAAGUGCCGCGCCUCAAGGCCUGGCUGCUCUCAGAGAAGCGCGGCGUCUGGGGCGUCUUCUACAAGGCCGCCGUCAUUGGCACCCGGCUCCACGCCGCCGUGGCCGUGGCCUGCGUCCUCAUGGCUUUCUACGUGCUCGCGGUGAAGUGACGGCGGAGCAGGCAGCGGCGCCCUCGCCACCUGCACGCCCUCGCCGCCCCGCGCAGGAGCGGCCCGUCUCAUCCCCGUCAGCGCGCCGAUGGACAGCGCGGGGCCGCGCGUUGGCUCUCGCGGAGGGAGACCCCCGGCCCGGCGCCCCUCGAGGAGGCAGCACGCGGCGCCAGGCCCGGCGAGCGCCUCGGCGAGGAGGGACGCUCCGGUUUGACGUAUGGGAUUUCUUGGCUGUGCCGGGAGCGCGUGCUGUCCCUCGGCGGGGGGACGCGCCUGUCCCCCUCUGCAGUUGCUGGUUUUUAACCCUGUUUACAAACUCUGGAGCCCAAUGUGCAAAUAAAAUGGGGGUUUCACUGC